AUGGUCAUCUGCAAGCAGCCCGAGAUAGGCGGUGCAGUACCGCCGCAUCAGGAUAGCACAUUCCUGUAUACCGACCCGCCCAGCGCCGUUGGCUGGUGGUACGCGCUGGAAGACGCAACGGCAGAGAACGGCUGCUUGAGUUUCGCAGCAGGAAGCCACAAGCGCGCGUCCAUCGAGAAGCGCUUCGUCCGCACCGGCAAGGGCACCGGCUUCAUCGACAACGACGGCGCGCGCUUCCCCAAGGAUCUGCAGAGUGGCGUCAACGGCGCGGAAAAGGACUACGAGGUGGUGGAUCAGGAGGAGAAGUACGACAUGGGCGAGGUCAAGGCUGGUACGCUCGUCUUGAUCCACGGCAAUAUCCUGCACAAGAGCGAGAAGAACACCAGUGGGAAGAGCAGGAAUAUAUACACGUUCCACGUUAUCGAGGGCGAUCAGCGGUACGAUGAGAGGAACUGGCUGCAGCCACCUGCGACGGGCUUCUCAAAGUUGUAUCAAGCCGAAGCGCAGGCUCCCGAGUCGAAUCGAUUAGGACGUGAUUGGUGA